AUGACAACCAUCGACCGGAUCAGUGCAUGCCCGGCAGAAAUUCAGAAAGACAUAUGCGAACGCUUUCAAAAUGACGUACAGACUUCUCUGGAAAAGCUCUCAAAUAGACAAAAUUCGAAUCACAUCACGCAAAACACUCUCAGCUGCGAGCAGAGCCUUGACGAUCUUCUCAAUCUAUCCUAUACAAGUCAUUAUUGGCGCAACACUGUGAAACCUUUUUGGAAGAAGAUCAAUGACUUCAUACUCAAUCAAUACCUCAAACCUGCGCCAUGGCAAAAGGCAAAGCAGCGCGAAGUUCCAGAGACGCAACGUGUCACCCGUGUUACCCGACAGACUCGCAACCAGGGACCUGCAUUACAUACAACUGACAUUGAAAAACAAGAAGACAGGAGUGAUCAAUUAAUGCUCAUUGCGUAUGUGGACUCGAUUUGCAAGCUGCCAACAAGAUAUCGCUCCUGGGCCAUCGGAAAGAGCAUGCGAGCCAAGCCAUACAAGCUCUUCGCCCGGUUUUGGGACACCCGGUAUCCGCAAGCCGGACGAGACUCGGAGGUCAAAGAAUGGGCUUGGUCCAAGAUACCGCUGGCAAAAGAUGUUCUAUAUCCCUUCAUGGCUCCAAAUCGUACCGAUAGCCCGCCAAAGUUUCUAGCACCCAACUCGUUUCUGAGUGUGGAUUGGAUUGCAGAUGAUGUGCUCCGUCGAUCUUUUGACCAGAUUCUCUUGGAACUUUGGGACAAUGAGACAUGGAGUGUGCUUAUCCUACUGAAAGCCUUGCAUGUCGAUGGAGUAAAGCUGUCAUACGCUGCUCGUAACGCAAUUUUUGUGUCGGGGCCGACGCCUCCAGAACCAAAACAAACGGGACAGAAGCAAGCGGGACCGAAGCCGAAGAAGGCAGCAGGCAAGCAAGGAGGGACGCGAAAAGGGACGCGAAAGGGUAAAGGGCGUGGUCGUCGUACAUGA